AUGCGCAGACGCAGUGUUCCCUCAGACGCAGUGCUCCCGCAGACGCGGCGGCCUCGCAGGUUGAGCGCUCGUACUGAGACUGCACGGUAUGCGAACCUGCUGCGCCCUCCAUUACAGCUCCAAGCCACGUAUUGCGCUACUCCCCUUUUUAUUCGCUGGACACCCUCCUCAUCACCCCCCGCAGCCGCAUCACGCACGUCUGCUAACCUCAACUCGCUGCAUCAUUACACAAGCUUUCAGGUCCCGUCCCUCCACACUCCGCCUCCGACUACAACACCAUCAGUACAUAAACAGCGCAUCGCCUGUCCCGUGCACACACUUUUCGCUUCCACAUCCACUGCUUGCUCUCCACCUUCCGAAGCCUGGUUAUGCACUAGAUUUCCUGUGCUAAACCUGCAAUCCCUUGUUUCGCUUUAUGCCCCUCGCUCCACCCCCUUGACACCAUCCUCCUGCUCCUCCCCCCCGCGACAUCCCUUCGCCUUUGUCACCGAUUCACUCUCCCACAACAAUCGCCACUCGUCUUUCCGUGCCACUCCAUACUGCCAAGCACUCUGCCUUUCAGUCAUGCCGGAACACACCCUUAACAAUGUCGUCAACGAUGUCGUCGCAGUCCCGAAACCCAACCCUGCAAAGGAGGCGGCUGCUCUUGUUACGUUCGAUAAAGAAAAGCUUUUCCCCAAAGAAGCCGCUGAGAGAUGUGGACUGGAUCAUCAAAAGAUGUCCGUACUUGAGAUCCCCAACGGAUCCACAGCCUUAUACAAUGCUGUGCUUCAAUACGCCGCCCACUUCGCCGUGGACGUAGGCGCAGACUUUGAGACUCUAAAGCCGGUCGAUGAACCGUCCCCGGAGCCAGAGGGAAAGGCGAAAAAGACUAGGACCAAAGUCCGUACCGUAAAGGGCAUCGACGGUGUGUCUUACCCCCUGAGGGAAGGCCCUGGUGAGUUGACUUCGUUGUGGAAUUGCCCUGUUGACCGCUAUGAUCCUUUGGAGGCUACGGACUCUGAUUCAGAUUCAGAUUCGGAGGAUGAAUCAGAGCAUGCCUUUUUUGAGAGUGAAGAUGUCGGUGCGGACGAAGCAAGAGAGAGGUUUGCUUCCUUGUUGGCUUCCUAUACUAGCCUCGGAACUCUCAAAAAGAAGGUCGAGCCACCCGUGCAGCGUUACCAAAUGGGGCUUGGACUUGCUAAAGUCAAAGUGGGUGACCACAUUGUCUUCAUCAACCACUGGGGCUAUGGUUUACCGGUCUCCAAGAGUUAUGCCGUGGAGGUAUUCCGCUCCGUCGUGCUGGGCGGCUACGACUCAAAGGCCAUGCAGGAGCUCUGCGCUGUGGCGCUUAAGUGGCGAAGUGACCGCGAACAGGCGAACAUGACGCCGAGGCCAGGAAGGUUCACUCUUUUUCGGUACAAGACACACGGGGGGCAAGGAGAUUGGUGUAAUCAGGGCUACAAGCGUUCCCGAUCGCCGAAGAGUGUCAUUUUGCCGGAUGGCCAACUUGAGGCGAUUGUGAAGGAUAUCAGAGAUUUUGUCGCGAAGGACACAAAGAUGUGGUACGAGACACACGGCUUACCUCACAGACGCAGUUAUCUGUUCCAUGGCCCCCCGGGAUGUGGAAAGACAUCCACUAUUCGUAUGCUUGCUGGCUUAUUCCGCUUGAACGCAUGCUUUCUCAGUUUCACUGCUUCUGAUUUCAGCAACCAGGUACUUCAGGACGCUCUGUCUUCGCUUCCGCGGAGGGCAUUGCUCGUUAUGGAGGAUGUUGAUGUACUGUUCAAUGAGGAUCGAAAGAGUGAGGUCUCACCUGCACUGACAUUUUCAGGCAUGCUAAACGGCAUGGAUGGCUUGGUCUCUACCGAUGGGAUCCUCACCAUCUACACAACAAAUCAUAUAGAAAAGCUGGAUCCAGCGCUUAUCCGCGGUGGGCGGAUAGACCGACGGUUUGAGUUUGUACAUCCAAACCACAAGCACAUGUGCUCCUUGUUUCUUAGCUUUUACGAGAAUGCUUCAAAAGAAGUUGCGGAAAGAUUUGCUGAUGAAGUCUUGAACCGCCCGGAGGAAGAGGCUCGUUCCAUAGCGACGCUACAGCAGCACUUUAUUUUCACCCGAAAGUACGACGCUGAAACAUCGGUCAAGAUGCUUCCGCAAUUUUUUUCUGAAUUCUAUCCCAAGGGGGCGAAGACGAGAAAUCCAUUGUAUCUCUGAGCUUUGUAGUUGUUGCUAUUAUGAUUUGAUGGUCUUUUUGAGCACUCUGUUAGAGCAAAUUUCGCUUUAUGCGUCGUAUGUGAACGUAAUGAAGUGAUGGCGGAAUGUAUCUGAAGCAGGGCUGAAAGGUCAUAUUUGUUCUUUACCCAUACUGCAUAGAUUACGUAUUAUCUAGUGAUAUUACUGUGACUGUAUCGUCAGAUGCUUUGGGUUGGCUUGUGGCGUUGCAUCGAGAAUUUUGCUGUUUGAGGAUACUUACCGUGCAAGACUAAAAUCGCCUCCGUUGCAUUGCCCGUAUAA